AUGUCAUUAUUAUACAUUAGUCAACAACUUAUACGUUAUCUUGGUCCAUUUAUCCUUAUUAUUGGCAUAGUUGGCGAUGGAAUUAAUAUUAUCGUAUUUUCAAGUAUUCGGAGUUAUCGCACAAAUCCUUGUACAUUUUAUUUUCUUGUUGCUGCAAUAUUCAAUUUUCUUUAUAUAGCAAUAUGUCUUUCUUCUCGUAUUGUCAUGAAUGGUUUUGGAUAUGAUUUAACUCGAAUAUCAAUAAGUUGGUGUAAAAUACGAUGGUUUAUUGUUUAUACUUUUGGUUCAAGUACAUUAACUUUUUCAUGUUUAGCAACAAUCGAUCAAUAUUUUGUUACAUCACAAAGUGCAUAUCUUCGUCGAUUGAGCAAUAUAAAAUGGGCACAUCGAAUUACCAUUAUUGUCAUCAUUAUCUGGUGUCUUCAUAAUAUUCUUCUUCUUUUAUUUUACAGUAUUCCAUCAGGAACGAUGGCAUGUACCAUCACCAAUAGUAUCUUUGCCGCCUAUAUUCCACCAUUUUAUCUCAUUUUUGUGUGUACUCUUCCAGUUAUAAUAAUGGCUUUAUUUGGAUAUCUGGCAUAUCGUAAUAUUCAAUUGACAAGAGUUCUCUCUGAACAACAAGCUGAUCGUCAACUAGUAAAAAUGACAUUGAUUCAAGUAGUACUUGUUGCUGUUUGUAUUGGACCAAGUGGUAUCAUUAAUGCUUAUGGUUUAAUUACAUCUGGAGUUAGUAAAGGCACAGAUCGAUUAAGCAUUGAAGAUUUUACUAUAACAAUGGAAAGUUUAAUAUCUUUUCUUUAUUUUUCCGGAAGCUGUUAUAUGUUUUUGAUUUCAUCAAGUCGUUUUCGUCAAGCAGUCAAAGGUCGGAUAUUGUUUUGGCUAAGAUCAAACCAAGUAGUUGCAGUUCAACAAUCUAUUAAUGGAGUAGAAUUGUUAGACAAAAGAACAAAAAAUUGA